AUGUCGUUUGCGGGUACAGUCAACCCGCGACACCACCAGUCGGGGUGCAAGCCCGAGGCCGGACACUGGCACCACAACCUACAAAUUGCAGCUGGUGAAUUCGGGUGUUUAGCUGUCAUGUUCAGAAUUUUGCGUCCUUUGGCAAAAUCCUCCGUGAAGAUGGUUCGCUCACUGCUGAUGGUCGUUAGGUCCUUGGUGCUGCUUGGGGUUUGUAGCGGAGUUUACAGCUGCUCUAUUUCAUACAUUGGUUGUGCUACAACGAGAGUGUGCGUCAAUAGGAAAAAUAUUUGUGAUGGGAGACGGGACUGCCUUGACAACUCAGACGAAGACAUCUGCAACGGAAGAAAGCUAGGAGUAUUUCCUUCUACCACAACGACCACUACUACCACAACCACCACAACUACCACGACGCCCGCCCCCACCCCUCCCCCACCCAACAACGUGGAGGAGAGCGAGGCGCUGGGUCAGAAGUUCGCUCGGACCUUCAACGACACACACCCCCACCCAAGAUGCCCCAAGCUCUACACCAGCGUCGGGAACAAGUGCCUCUCUCUUCUCUACUUCGUCAAGGUCGGUUGGGGGGAGGCAAGGGCCCUGUGCUCGGCCAUCGGCGGGGAGCUGGUUCUCUAUCCCUCGGCCUCCGACGGGGAGUUCGCUGCUCUCCUGAAGUACCUGCGGGAGAUACAGAUGACGACGGACUUCUGGGUGGGAGGCCGGUACACGAAGGACACCGAGGCGUGGACGUGGCUGGACGACGCCCCGAUGGACCUCGGCUCGCCCUACUGGGCCGUCAGACACACCCACAGCUGCAGCAGCCGCCAACAGGAGUCAGCGCAAGACGGCAAGUCUGAGGACAUCGCCUACUGGACCAACACUUCGGCCUGCUACCACUACGAGCAGGCGCCGCGGCGCGACUCCCACGAGCUCUGCGCCGCCCUCACCUUCCGCCACUACUUCUACUUAGCACGGGGACUGCUCGCGUCAGGAGCCCUCUUCACACAUCACCGAGCAGCAGCAACUCAGGACAGCCCCUGUCCUCAGCCGACGGGGGAGACCCCCACCCCCGGCUCCCCCGUAGCACCUGCAGCACUAGCCAUCACAGUGGGCACUCCGCCCACACACACCCAAGAAUAUGCCUACUCAGUGCAGCCUUAUGAGACCUAG